CUGCGGGGAGCGGGGGGCGGGUCUCGGCCGAAGUCUCACGGCGACUGCGCGGACGGGAUCCUGACUGGAACAUGGCGACUUGCGCUGAAAUCCUGCGGAGCGAGUUCCCGGAAAUUGACGGACAGGUCUUCGACUACGUGACCGGCGUCUUGCACAGCGGCAGCGCGGACUUCGAAUCUGUGGAUGAUCUGGUGGAAGCCGUGGGGGAACUGUUGCAGGAGGUGUCCGGGGACAGCAAGGAUGACGCGAGCAUCAGGGCCGUGUGCCAGCGCAUGUACAACACUCUGCGCCUGGCUGAGCCACAGAGCCAGGGACACAGCCAGGUUCUUCUGGACGCCCCCAUCCAGUUGUCAAAGAUAGCGGAGAACUAUGACUGUGACAUAAAACUUCCGGGCCUGCUGAAGAGGGACCAGUCCUCGACAGUGAACGCAAAGAAGUUGGAGAAGGCCGAGGCGCGACUGAAAGCCAAACAGGAGAAGCGCUCAGAGAAGGACACGCUGAAGACCAGCAACCCUUUAGUCCUGGAAGAGGCAUCAGCCAGCCAGGCAGGUAGCAGAAAGGAGAGUCGAUUAGAAUCUUCUGGCAAGAACAAGUCCUAUGAUGUGCGAAUUGAGAACUUUGAUGUGUCUUUUGGUGAUAGGGUACUGCUGGCUGGAGCAGAUGUGAACCUGGCCUGGGGCCGCCGCUACGGGCUAGUAGGACGGAAUGGGCUGGGGAAGACAACCCUGCUGAAGAUGCUGGCCACCCGGAGCCUGCGGGUUCCAGCCCACAUCUCCCUGCUGCAUGUGGAGCAGGAAGUUGCCGGGGAUGACACUCUUGCCCUGCAGAGCGUGCUAGAGAGUGACACCGUGCGAGAGGACCUGCUGCAGCGGGAGCGGAAGCUCAGUGCCCAGAUUGCUGCGGGCAGGGUAGAGGGCUCAGAAGCUACACAGCUGGCGGAAAUCUACGCUAAGUUGGAGGAGAUUGAAGCUGACAAGGCACCUGCCAGGGCAUCAGUCAUUCUUGCUGGGCUUGGCUUUACCCCUAAAAUGCAGCAGCAGCCCACCCGGGAGUUCUCAGGAGGCUGGAGGAUGAGACUGGCCUUGGCCCGGGCCCUGUUUGCUAGGCCAGACCUUCUGCUGUUAGAUGAACCCACAAACAUGCUGGAUAUCAGGGCCAUCCUGUGGCUGGAGAAUUACCUACAGACAUGGCCCUCCACGAUCCUAGUCGUCUCUCACGACCGCAACUUCCUGAAUGCCAUCACCACCGACAUCAUCCACCUGCACAGCCAGCGGUUGGACGGUUACCGGGGAGACUUUGAGACCUUCAUCAAGAGCAAGCAGGAGCGGCUACUCAAUCAGCAGCGCGAGUACGAGGCACAGCAGCAAUAUCGCCAGCACAUCCAGGUUUUCAUCGACCGCUUCCGCUACAAUGCCAACAGGGCCUCUCAAGUGCAGAGUAAACUCAAGAUGCUAGAGAAGCUACCGGAGUUGAAGCCCGUGGACAAGGAAUUGGAGGUGGUGAUAAGGUUCCCGGAUGGGUUUGAGAAGUUCUCACCGCCUGUCCUGCAGCUGGAUGAGGUGGACUUCCACUACGACCCUGAGCACAUCAUCUUCAGUCGCCUGUCGGUCUCUGCUGACCUGGAGUCUCGCAUAUGCGUGGUUGGGGAGAAUGGGACUGGGAAGUCCACCAUGCUGAAGCUGCUCAUGGGGGACCUGGUGCCCAUCCGCGGCAUCAGACAUGCCCACAGGAAUCUGAAGAUCGGCUACUUCAGCCAGCACCACGUGGAGCAGCUGGAUCUGAACGUCAGCGCUGUGGAGCUGCUGGCACGCAAGUUCCCAGGGCGGCCGGAGGAGGAGUAUCGCCACCAGCUGGGCCGCUACGGGGUCUCGGGGGAGCUGGCCAUGCGGCCUGUUGCCAGCUUGUCUGGAGGCCAGAAGAGCCGGGUGGCUUUUGCUCAGAUGACCAUGCCCUGCCCCAACUUCUACAUCCUGGACGAGCCCACGAACCACCUGGACAUGGAGACAAUCGAGGCCCUGGGCCGCGCACUCAACACUUUCAGAGGCGGCGUGAUCCUGGUGUCCCACGACGAGCGUUUCAUCCAGCUGGUGUGCCGCGAGCUGUGGGUGUGCGAAGGAGGCAGUGUCACGCGGGUGGAGGGGGGCUUUGACCAGUACCGCGCCCUCCUCCAGGAGCAGUUCCGCCGAGAGGGCUUUCUCUAGGCCUCUAAUGGGCUGUGCGGACUGUGCCUGGAACGCCAUACGGCCAUGGCCUUCCCCAGCGUGGGACAGCCUUCUGCCCAGAUCUCUCUCCUCCGUCCAACUGGAGCGUCUUGUGCACAUUAGGGCCCCCAUCCGAGGGUCUGUGAAGACUGUGUCCCAGGGGAAGGAGUGGAGGAACCUUGUGGGGUUUCAGAGUCUGCUUGGCCCCACCCAGCCCAGCUGGGCCCCACGUGGCUGCUAUGUAAAUUAAACUUCUUCAUCUACCUGCUCCGGAUGCUCCCUGGCCAGCGGCUGCCUGCUGAGGUGCGGGCUCUGCUGGGCAUUUGUUUCCCUGCGGGAGCAGCGGUGCCUCCCUGGCCUGGGCACAAAGAUAUCUGCGGCCUGCGCUGGGUGGGCAGAGCCAGUGGAGGGCAGCAGCUCUGCAUCGCCACGAUGCUUAGCCCAGCCCGGGCUUGGCCUAGGCCAGCCACAGCGAGCCUGGUAGAGUCUCAGUGAUAGCGACAGUCCGCGAUGGCCCUGGCCUAGGCUGACAGGUCGUGCUCUGCUGUCAGCCCCUACAGCUUCUGAGUGUGAACUGAUUCUGGGGUCGGGCCUCACACGUGGCUGCCCAUUUUCUCCGGGGGUGUCUGACCCAGACUCCCCCACACCCUCCUCUGGACUCUCAGGACACGAGAGAAGUCAUCUUCAUUCCUGUUUUGCUUGAACGGUUUCACAUUUAUGUUUCCUGUAAGCACUAGGCAUGGGAAGAGGGGCAUUGAGAACAGUCUAAUGAGAAGAAAUAGGACCCUGUGUUUUCAGAUUAAGCCUCUUAGGAGAGGAAGCCGGGAGCAGUGGUACGCUCUUGUACUCCCAGCUGCUUGGGAGGUGGUUGCUCGGGGCCAGCCUGAGCAGCAUCAUGAGACCCUGUCUCUGAAAAGAAAAGGCAGGGAGGCACGUUUUACCAGUAUGAUUUGUAAAUGUUACCUCUGGAGGAUUUAGUUGCUGUCUCCUGUCAUGGCAGUGGAGGGAGCAGAGUCAGAAGCAACUCGCCAGCCCCUUGGAGAUUCCAGUCACAAAGCUCAACUGAGGAACUGAGGAGAAAAGCGUGUUCAGGGAUGGCAGAGGGAAAAGACGGGGCCCCUGUUGCCCACAGAGCAGGUCUGGUGCUGCUGUGGCCAAGCCUCCGGUCAUGUCCCCCCUCAGCCUUCCUGCGGGUGCUCUCGGCCUAGCCGUUCCCACCGCCGUGGGCCCUGUGCGUGAUCCCAGCACUUGUGAGGCUGAGGCAGGAGGAUCACUGUGAGUUCAAGACCAGCCUGGGCUAC